CCCCCCAAGCUGGACUCAGCAGUGUACCUAAGAUGGCAUCUGCCUUGCCGAUGCAGCGCUCUUGUCCCUACUGCGGGAACCACAUCCUCACAGUGACCACCCCAGUCCCAGGGGCCCUCUCCUGGCUGCUGUGUACAGGCCUCUUUAUGUUUGGGUGUGUCCUGGGUUGCUGUCUCCUCCCUUUCUACAUGGACAGAUUCAUGGAUGUGAAGCAUACAUGCCCCGUGUGCGGGCACGAACUCUUCCGCUACCGUCGCCUGGGAACCUCGGCAAAAUAAAUGUGUAUUAAGAGACAUUUACCUG